GGAGGGGCGCAGGCGGCGGCGCGGCGGGGUAAGGCGGCGGCGGGCGGCGGCUCCGCGCGGUGCGGGGUGGGGCGGUGCGGUUGCGGUGCGGGGUGGGGCGGAGCGGUGCGGGCGGCGGAGCAUCCCCGGUCGGGGCGCGGCUGCUCCAGCGCGGGGCCCGGGCGGUGCCGGGGCUGCGGGGGGUGCGGAGAGCCCGGUGCGGGGCUGAGCCCCUUCCGCUCGGAUUGAGUCUGUUCGGAGCCGUGGAUGUUGUUUCGCAGCGCGUUUUAUGAGGUCUCAUAGCCUGUCUCCGCCACUGCACCUGUGAGGCUCCCAAGUGCCAUCUGGUCCCUUGCCAUCCCUCGGGUAGGGCUGCACAGCCCCAGCGCAUCCCUCUCCUACAGCUGAGCCAGAGCAUCGUGCUGCUUUGUUUUCCUUAAUAAACUGGAGUGAAACCGCGAGAAGCUCCAUAGCCUGCAUGGUUGGAAUCUGGAGGGGAAGCAGCUGAGCAGUGCAGCAGGAGCCAUGUCUCUGCCUUUCCGAAAGGAGCUGGAGAAAUAUAAGAAUAUCAACGAAGACGAAAUACUCAGCAAACUCUCAGAGGAUGAACUGAAGCAGCUCGAGCAUGUUCUCGACGACCUUGAUCCUGAGAACGCCUUGCUUCCAGCUGGAUUUCGGCAAAAGGACCAGACCACAAAGCCUGCCACGGGCCCCUUUGACAGAGAACGCCUGCUUUCAUACUUGGAGAAGCAAGCGCUGGAGCACAAGGACAGGGAAGACUUUGUUCCAUUUACAGGGGAGAAGAAAGGAAAAAUAUUUAUCCCUAAAGAAAAACCCAUAGAAACUCGUACAGAAGAGAAAGUGACCCUGGAUCCGGAGCUUGAAGAAGCCCUGGCCAGCGCUUCAGAUACAGAGCUCUAUGACCUUGCAGCUGUUCUUGGAGUGCACAACAUGGUCAACAACCCAAAAUUUGAUGAAGGAGGAGCCCGCAGUAAAGAUGGAAAAGGAAGCAUGAGAAAUGUGGUCAAAGGUGAAAAGGUGAAGCCCAUUUUUGAGGAGCCACCUAAUCCAACCAACGUGGAAGCAAGUUUACAAAGGAUAAAAGCAAAUGAUCCUACUCUCGUAGAAGUUAAUCUGAACAACAUAAAGAAUAUCCCUAUUCCAACACUGAAAGAAUUUGCAAAAGCCUUGGAAAGCAACGUACAUGUGAAGACAUUCAGCCUUGCUGCUACUCGAAGCAAUGACCCUGUAGCUAUUGCAUUUGCAGAUAUGUUGAAAGUGAACAAAACACUGAAGAGUCUGAAUGUAGAGUCCAAUUUCAUCACUGGGACGGGUAUUUUGGCACUGAUUGAUGCGCUGAAGGAGAAUGAAUCCCUGACAGAGAUUAAAAUUGACAACCAGAGGCAGCAGCUGGGGACAGCUGUGGAGAUGGAGAUUGCCAAGAUGCUGGAGGAGAACUCCAAGAUCCUCAAGUUUGGAUACCAGUUCACAAAGCAAGGCCCACGAACCAGGGUAGCAGCAGCUAUCACUAAAAACAAUGACCUGGUUCGCAAGAAGCGCGUGGAAGGAGAGCGGCAGUAGCCACGCACAGCAGAACUGCAGCCCUCCAGCACUGCGAUCCCACAGCACUCACGGGGAGGGAGGGAAGGCGCUGGCAAACCAUUGCAAUGGGAGCCGCUCCUUUCUGUUAACGUCUCCUCUUAACCUUGAAAACGCAGCCUGAUCAUUUUUAACUUCCACAGUUAAUUUUGAAGAUUCAUAGUUGGUUUGAGUUUAAUCGAGAAGUUUCACAAUAUCUGAAGCCGAUAUGCAGAAUCUUAACUGUGUUACUGGGCAUAACGUGUAGUGACAUUGACCCUUAUUUUAGGCACUUUUGGAUAUGCUAAAGUAUGACCUUGUGUAUGGAUAAGGGGCUCUCUGCUGAAAAUAGAAACCUUAGGGCCAAGUCCUGCAAUGCCUUACGUUGCAAAUAAUCCUUAUUGUGUGUAUCAUUCUGCUGAGCUGGGUCCUGCAAUGGGGCACUCCUGUGCAUAGAGCUAGAAAUGGCAGUGCAGCAUUGCAGGACCUCACCCCGGAUCCUGCAGCGGGCCCUGGAGCUGUGCAGGAACAGCCCUUCUGCAGGGCUCUGCCUGCCCGACUCCAAGUGCAGGGUCAUGCCCGGGUGUGUAAGCAUUGUCAAAUCACAGCUGUUUACAUGAGCUUGGGUUUGGUGGGGUGUGUUGCAGUGUUACACUGGUACUUGUUGUCCUCAUCCUAGAGACUAAAGUAAGCUUAGUGCUGCCAAUCCUGUAUACUUUGAAUGGUAGGUUUUUUUCCUAUGCCAACAAGUUUUUGUUUGCUCAUAGAAUACUCAGUUUACAGCUAUUAAUCUAAAUGAGCAUUUGUUUUGCCUUGAGCCCUGUGUUCUGGUAUUUAUAUAUAUAUAUAUAUAUUUGUUAGUAUUAUAGCAACGUUCUCAGGACCUUUCUGAUGAAGGCUAAUUAAGUAGUUAAUCUUGAGCAGUGGCUGUGCUUCCAGGAAAAACACCGAGAGGGUAUCUGGACCAACUGCAGAGCUCACAUGCCCAGACUUCAGUUGGGUGGGCACGAGGCACUUGGGUACUCACCUGAGUGCCUGGCCAAGUAAGGACAGAUUGAAGGUAGGCACAGGUGCUCAGCUAAGUCAGGGCCUUCACUCAGAUGCCAGACAAACCCAUAACCCAGUGGAAAGUGCUUGCGAAGCAGCGGCUAACCCCGGUGUGCAACAGCAUUACAUUAGUCUGAUGUUUGUAUUGUGCAUCCUGCAGUCUAAAGCUACUCUGUACCACUGUUUUGUCACAGCCACCAGUUGGCUCUGGCAAACAGCCACGCUCACUGUGGCUGUCCGUUAGCACCCUGGGAAGCACCAGGCAGGUGUGCUGCUGACACCAGUGGAAAGCUGCAGAAGCACACUGGGGUACACCAACCUCUGCUCCAAGAGCUCCCUUGGGACAUCAGGGACACAGCGCUGCUUCUGUCACACGGUGACAGCCCUGGAGCAGGUUUGGCAGAGCAGAGCAGGAGCGCGGGCUGACGGGCACAGUGCUCUCUGUGCCUUCUUCAUGGAACUGAGUAGGUCCACAGCAUCCCCUCCUGUUGGAUGCCUGUCUUCGGAGGGGGGUCUCAACUGAAUAAUGUUGACUCAAAUCCCACUUAAAUGUGAUGCCAAGCGGGGAUGCAGAGUACCUGCAGUUGACUUCUCCAGCAAGCUCCCAGUCUGUACCAUAUCUGCUGAAGCCUUUCUUUGGAAGUGAAAACAACACAAGGGAGUCUUGCUGAGAUCUUCCCUGGCUCUGUGGAGGAUUUAUUGUAGAAAAACUGUGAUACUCCUUUAGAAAAUAGCAAGUUCUGUAACACAGUCAUAACUCUGCAGGGUCUUAAAUAGACAGCCCUUAGAAACCACCUGGAGCAGCAGGUGAUGCUUUGCGGCAUUGAGGGAGAGAGAACCCACAUUCCUAAAGGCAGAAGAUGACUUCUGACCAACCUCAGUGAUCAGAAUCAUGCUGCCCCUAUUUUCUUCUUUUGUUCCAACGAAGAGAAUCCCAACUGUCAUUUUUUAAAUGUAUUUAAUUUUUUUUAAUUUUUUUUUUUGUUAGUAAGGGUGGUACAUGCAUGUGUGUUCAAGGGAAACAAGUGCAAUCCAUUUCUCGUCUUAACUGCCAUUUCAGUGUUGGUGCAUGCAUGCAGCAUUC